AUGCACCGACUGGACCAGCUGGCUCGGCAUUGCUUUCCCGCCCGGGCUUACUAUGCCGGCUUUGGGCACACCCUCUCUUCGCAGCCCUGUGCUGGCCCAGACAUAAAUGUCUUCGUCGCAUCUGGAGCUGCUGCUGCCAUUUCUGCUUUGAAGUAUGGUCCGCUGGCAUUUCGCAAGAUCCAGGCGAUGGCGGGCUUUGAGCCGGAUGGUGGCAUGACAUUUCCCCCAGAGAAGUCGGUCAAAAUCGUAUUUCACGAAAAGGACCAGGAAGGUACCAACAAGACUGUCAAGUGGAGGCCGAGCAGGGAAUACCUGCAUGAUGUGUUCGUGAAGGCAGGGAUGAGCAUUGCAGACUUCGAGAUUUCUUAUGAACAAGGUGAAGAAGUCUUCCAUCUAGAUGCCACGAAGCCUGGUAUCGAAGAAUUCCUUGCCGAGCAUGCUCAACAUCCGGACCCACGCCUCAAGGUUGAGUGGCGACGGCCAGGCAAUUGGGAGCAGCUCCAAAGCAAGCUCAGCAGUGCUAUGUCCUGGCUCACCGGCCAGGGAGGUGCCACUGAUAAAGCUGUACUUGAUGCACAGCAGAAAGUGGAGCAGAGCGGUGGGAAAAUUGUUGUGAGCGACUCAUGCCGACGCUCCUUCGUCAAUCGUAAAGGCUACCUGGUUACGCACUGGGCCGAGGCGGUCGAAGGGCUGAAGCAGGAGCUCCAACUCACGGAUGCUCAGACAGCACCGUUGAAGUGUGCUACGAUUAGCGAGGAGGGCAAAGGUGUCCAUUUCAUCGGAAAUAGAAAUGCUGGCAAAGGAGUUACCACAACAUACCUUGCCUACCAUACAGUCAUGCACGGUGACAAGAUUGACGUCAUCUAUGGAAUACACGAAGAAUCCAUGGAGGCGAGCGGGGUUGCAGCAUCACUGCCCAGUCAGAACUGCAUCCAGUAUGAUGGCCGCAGCUUCUCCGUGUGGCCGCCGGCUCUUCCACACAGCAAACAAGUUGGUCGUGAUAUGCAUGGCUUGGUGGUGGAUAUUCCUAGUGGGUGGCGGGUCGUGGAUUGCUCGAAGGCAGACUUCCCAAACCUUGCUAAGUCGGUGGUGGCCCCAUACGGUUGGCACACGGUGCGAAUGGUGGCAGGAGGUCCGGAGGGCAAGCUCCAAGGAUGGUACACGGCAACGGCCGGAUCAGAUGCAGGCAAAUGCUGGAGUACAGACGUCCAAGAGUACGUCGAGAAGAUCGAUCAGUCCCGCUACAGAUUCAAAACUGAUGAUUCAUUCCGGCUGCUCAUCGAGGCGCUUCCCGCAGCCAGCCCCGAGCUCGAGAACAACUGGAAGCGCUUCGUCAAGCUCUCGGCCCAGCGCGAGUGGUGCCAGCAUUUGGGCAUGCCUCUUGUGGGAGCAUUGAGUGCGUAG